CUCUGCUCCGACCGGCCUCAGUGUGUGAGGGAGUGUGUGCUGCAGAGAGAGAGAGACCUCCACUCGCCCUGAACAUGGACCACUACACCCUCCCGUCCUGGAUUUACCUGGCCGCCCUGACCGUGUUCAUCGGCGGGGCCACCAAGAAGCUGCUGGCGUCCCACCUGAGCGCCGCCCCCGCCCUGGUGGCCUGGCUGGGGGCCACGGUGCUGGUGGACCGGCUCUGGGCGCUCUGCCUGCCGGCCAUGCUGCUGCUGCUGGUCGUCCUCGCCUGCUGCCUCUACUCCACCUCCAGGACCGGGCCGCCGCCCGCCACCCUCACCCCCCACGGCAAGGCUGUGUUCAUCACAGGCUGUGACACCGGCUUCGGGAACGCCACAGCGAAGCAUCUGGACUCCAUGGGCUUCGAGGUGUUCGCCACCGUGUUGGACCUGACGGGCGACGGAGCCAGAGAGCUGAGGAGGACCUGCUCCCCCCGACUCACCCUCCUCCAGGUGGACAUCACGCAGCCUCAGCAGGUCCAGCAGGCGCUGCUGGACACCAAGGCCAAGCUGGGCCCCCGAGGUCUGUGGGGUUUGGUCAACAACGCCGGAGUCUGCGUCAACUUUGGAGAAAUCGAGCUGUCGUUCAUGUCCAACUACCGCGGCUGCAUGGAGGUCAACUUCUUCGGGACGCUGAACGUCACCAAGAGCUUCCUGCCGCUGCUGCGGCGAGCGCGCGGCCGGAUCGUGGUCAUCUCCAGCCCCGCCGGUGACCAGCCGUUCCCCUGCCUCUCGGCGUACGGAGCAUCCAAGGCCGCGCUCAACCUCUUCACCAACACCCUGAGACACGAGCUGGAGCCCUGGGGCGUCCGGGUGUCCACCGUCCUGCCCUCCUCCUACAAGACAGGUCAGUCCAGUAACCACGUCUACUGGGAACAGCAGCACAAGCAGCUCCUGCAGAACCUGUCCCCGGCGCUGCUGGAGGAGUACGGCGAGGACUACAUGACGGAGACCAAGGACCUGUUCCAGAGCUUCGCCAGCCAGGCCAACCCCGACCUCAGCCCCGUCAUCGAGGCCAUCGUCCAGGCGCUGCUGGCGCCGCGGCCCCAGGUCAGCUACUACGCCGGCCCUGGCGUCGGCCUCAUGUACUUCAUCCACACCUACUUCCCCUUCAGCAUCAGCAACCGCUUCCUCCAAAACCUGUUCAUGAAGAAGAAGCUGAUGCCGCUGGCUCUGAGGAAGCAGUCGGGCUUCGAGCUGAACCUCAGCCUCCACAACAACAACAACAACAACAACGAGGAGGAGGAGAAGCUGAAGUAGCUGCAGACGGAGGACGGCUCCUGUAAUGCACUCGUAGAGCUGUAGACUGACGUUUUAUAUGUUCUGAAGCUGUUGAAGGGAUCAUAGUGAUGCAGGGAUGCAGCCACAGGUCAAUAAGAGAACACUUCACGUCCAUCACCGGGAUCAGCUGUUCUGUACAAACACUGACUUAACGUGCCUUUAACCCCGCGGAGACACUUUAGACACGAGAGACGGACCAAUCACCUCAGCAGCUCCUUCCACGGACACUAGAGCUUCCAGGUGUCCAGGCUUUAGAUCCGUCCUUAAAUAUCGAGUCCUGGUCCCAAACGUCCUAGAGCUGGUCCCUGUAGACUCUGGUGGAGGAGGGAGCUCGUACCUGGAACUCCCUGAAACCUCUGUGGAGGAUGUGUCAGUCAUCUCCUACCACCUCAGCAGCUCCACACCAACUAGUUCCCGACCAACACCUCCACCACUGCACCGAGCUGGUUCCUCUGGAUAUUUGGCAGCUUUGACUCCAGACAGAAAAAACUAAUAGUUUAGGACGUUUCCAGAGCAGCUGAUGCUGUUGAUGAACAUGCUGCAGCUCAUUCAUGGUCUCAGUCUCUGUUUAAAGACGAGACUCUGACGUUUCCAUCACAGAAGUCAGAACCUCUCUAUGUGGUUUAGUUCUGGAGGAAUCAGACACACAGGCAGAUGUUUUAUGGCUCGGUGGUGUGGUGAUGGUUUUGGGUUCUAAUCCUUCUGUGUGUAGUUGGAUGGAUGAUCUCUGGGUUCUCCAGCUCCCUCCCUCCCUCCCUCCCUCCUUUCCUCCCUCCUCCCUCCCUCCCUUCCUCCCUCCCUCCUUUCCUCCCUCCUCCCUCCCUCCUUCCUCCCUCCCUCCGUCCAAAGAAAGAAGUGAACCAGGCAGAGCUGAGUUGUGGGUGAAGCCUCAGACGGACCAGAAGCCGUUGAGGCCGUUGAAGCCGUGGUUGUGGUGAUUGGUUCGUCUCUAAACGCCGCUGAUCUCUGACAUCUCAAGGUUUCCUGGUUGGUUUUGACCCUCGAAGCCAAAGCUCAGUAAUCUUAGAGACAGACGUCCUGUUUACAUCCCUCCAUCACAAUAAAAGCACAGAAACGUCUAUUAAAUCAGAUCGCGCUUUAGUUUCAAAUCUGUUUGUUUCGAUUUUUAUCUCAGACCGACACCGAUAAGGACUCGUGUCUCGGAUCAGAACCAGAUGCUCUGGUUAGACUUUAGUUCUCCACUUUUCUCAUCUUCACAUAUUUUCAGUGAACAGAAAACUAUGAAGCAGGUAUUUUUUCAGCUGUGAUGAAUCCAACAAACUCAAACCUCAAACAUUUAUACCAACAUUAACAGAGCAGGGCAGGUAUCGUGUACUGUACAGAUUCAGUUUCUGGUUUUGUUGCCACGUUUUCAAUCAAACUAUUUAUGCUGUCUUUUCUUCUAUCGUCACUUAAACUGUGAAUUUUAUAUAAAAACGAGAAAAAUACAAAAACAUGAUGUAAAAUGUUCACUUGUUCUUUCUUUGAUAGAAAUAAACUUGACUUUUUUCAGA